CAAUCUUUGAGGUGCGAGUGAGAACUGAGGAGAGAACCCUGCUAGAGAAUCAGCUCGUUGUAUCACACCUGGGGGAAUAUUGAGACACACAGCCAGACACUAUGAGACUGGUACUCCCCAACCCGGGUCUGGAUGACAGGAUUCCCUCGCAUCAGGAGCUGGAGAGGAUGGAGAAGGAGGAGGCUGGGGACAGACCCAAAUGGGACAACAAAACCCAGUACAUGCUCACCUGUGUGGGCUUCUGUGUGGGGCUGGGUAACGUCUGGCGUUUCCCCUACCUGUGCCAAAGCCAUGGAGGAGGAGCGUUCAUGAUCCCGUUCCUGAUCCUGCUGGUUCUGGAGGGAAUACCUCUGCUGCACCUGGAGUUUGCUAUAGGCCAGCGCCUCAGGAAGGGCAGUGUGGGGGUCUGGAGUUCCAUCAAUCCCUACUUAACUGGUGUUGGUAUUGCAUCAUUGCUGGUCUCCUUCUUGGUGGGCAUGUACUACAACACCAUCAUGGCCUGGAUCAUGUGGUACCUCUUUAACUCCUUUCAGAGUCCACUGCCAUGGAGCCAGUGCCCCCGCAAUGCCAACAAGACAGGUCUGGUGUCUGAGUGUGAGCGCAGCACCACAGUGGACUACUUCUGGUACAGGGAGACACUGAACACGUCCACCGCCAUAGAUGAGUCUGGAGGACUGCAGUGGUGGAUGGUUCUAGCGCUGGUCUCUGCGUGGACUCUUCUUUAUGUUUGCUGCAUCAGGGGGAUUGAGACCACAGGCAAGGCUGUGUACAUUACUUCCACUCUUCCUUAUCUUGUCCUCACAAUCUUCUUGAUUAGAGGCUUGACUCUUAAGGGAUCUACUAGUGGAAUCAUAUUUCUCUUCACACCCGAUGUGGAUGAGUUGAUGAAUCCAUCCACCUGGCUGGACGCAGGUGCCCAGGUGUUCUAUUCCUUCUCGUUGGCUUUUGGAGGUCUCAUCUCUUUCUCCAGCUACAACUCAAUACACAACAACUGUGAGCAAGAUGCAAUCAUCAUCUCUGUCAUCAAUGGGGCAACUUCAGUGUACUCAGCCACGGUGAUCUACUCUAUCAUUGGCUUCCGGGCUACAGAGAAAUAUGAUGACUGUAUGGAGGGGAACAUCCUGGCACUGACAAAUGCAUUUGACCUUGCUGAGAACAACAUCACAGUUGACAGCUACGAUACAUCUCUUGCUCUGCUCAACGCCACCUCACCUGACAUCAUCCAAGGCCUGGGGUUGAGUUUCUGCGAAUUGCAAACGUUCCUCAGCCAGGGUGUUGAAGGAACAGGUCUGGCCUUCAUCGUGUUCACAGAGGCCAUCACCAAGAUGCCUGUGUCUCCUCUGUGGGCCAUCCUCUUCUUCGUCAUGCUCUUCUGCCUCGGGCUGUCCACCAUGUUUGGGAACAUUGAAGGAGUGGUGGUGCCACUUCAAGAUCUCAAUAUUUUGCCCAAAACGUGGCCCAAAGAGAUUUUUACAGGUCUGACAUGUGCCAUCUCUUUUGCCGUGGGCCUCAUAUUCGCCCAGGGAUCUGGCAACUAUUGGCUGGCCCUGUUUGACAGCUUUGCAGGCUCGAUUCCUCUCCUGGUCAUUGCCUUCUGUGAGAUGGUGUCUGUCAUUUACAUAUAUGGGGUGGACAGGUUUAACGAGGACAUUGAGUUUAUGAUUGGGCACAAACCCAACCUCUUCUGGCAGGUCACCUGGAGGGUCGUCAGUCCCCUGAUCAUGCUGGUCAUCUUUAUCUUCUACUUAGUCACUCAAAUCUCCAAGACUCUGACUUACCUUGUAUGGGACCAAGAGGCGGCGGAAUUUCCCACCCUGGUACCGCGGCCGUUCCCUGACUGGAUUUAUGUCAUUAUCUUCAUCCUGGCCGGUAUACCCGCCCUGGCAAUCCCAGGGGUGGCCCUCUUUAAGCUCAUCCAGAACUGCUUCUGCAAGAAGAACAGCAACAAGAUAGUAAAAGUCAAAUCCAUCUCUGCAAAUGUACCGAUGGGCGACAUGUAACUUUUUGCUGAUUUAUUUUGCCUGACGUUUCACAAAGGCACACAAUAAUUCAUCUUAACAUGAAGAUGAGGACCUUUGGACAGGUUAUAGUUUUGGUUUGUCACUUUUCAUCCCCAAAAACAAAACAAAAACUUUUGUGGUUUGAGGUUUGUUUCUGUCCAGACUUUUGUCAAUUAUGCUGACUUCUGUCAAUAAUGAUGCUGGCAGAUCUGUGAAGAUGUUUCUCUCCAGGAUUAUUCAUCAAAGAAACUUGACGUUGGAAGUGGUUGUGGUGGAAUGUUUGCAGUAACUGUAUGACAAAAUAGUCAGGAUGUGUUAAACCAAAUAUGUAUUAACACCAAUGGUAAGUUACAAAGAUCUUUGUGAUCUGUCUAUCAAAAGGAAGCCUACUAGUCGACGUGCAUUAGAAUAGAGUGAUACUAAAUCCAAGACAGACAUCGCCUUUUAUACAGGAUAGUUCUAACAUUUCUCAAUCCAAUCAGUAUACAUGUCUGUCACAAAGUCUUUCCUAUGAUCAAUUAAUUAAUAGUUUGGCUCCAUCCUGACUUUACAGGAUAAAGGUCACCCCUAUGGUUUCUAAAACUAAUCAAUUUAUAUUGUUCUCACAGUUCGCCUUAGCAGAAAAUAAUCACAUUAUCAACCCAUGAACCCUUAAAAGUCCCUUCCUAUCUCAGCCUGAACGUAAUUCAUUUAGUUAGUCAACUGUUUCUCAAGCAACUGCUCAAACAGUCUCUGUGCAUCUAUCAGCUCCUAUAACCCUUGACUCAGCUGUAUUAUUCAAACCCUGACCUCCUGUAAGCUGCAACUGUUGGUCACAGGUCAUCUCUUAUCAAUAGACACAAGCCUCUCAGAAAAAAACACUCUUAAACCACAAUCAUUUUACAUACAACAUUAAAUUCCAUAUAAGUGGUCUUAACAUUUGGGCAAAUACUCAAAUUCCAAACUUAAAAAUAUGUUUUUGUAAAGCAAUAUUUUGUAAACAGAAUGUCAUAAUGUAAAACUGUGAACUAAACAGUAUGUUCUUGUGUGUAAAUACCUUGUGAAAUGAAAGUGAUACAAAAUGGUCAGACAAUGAAUUUUUGUCCAACAGAAUGACAAGAUCAAGAUCUGCAAGAUAGCACGUCUUAUGUUAAAUAUUCUAACAUUCACACACAUGCCCAAGUAUUUACAUAAUUUAUUGUUUUGUGUGGUUGAAUAAAUUAUUUUUAUUGGGAAACACGGUCAUCAUCACUGUUGCUUGCAUAUAUGUCCCUUCGUCAUGAAGGCAUUUGUGGUUUAUUUGACCAUUCAAGAUUCCUUGACAUCUUGCCAAGAUGAACUAUAUGAUAUGUAUUGAGAGUGAUGGCUACAGCAUUGUUUCCC